UUUAUUGUCAGUCGAAGGUAAGGACUUCAACGGUGCGCACGGCGUCUCAUCUGAGGAUCUUAAUCAAUCUAACGGUACGUUCCGGUUUGCGAUUCGACGCGAGUUUUCCCCUUUCCCGUCGGGGCCAAGUGUGCAACGGGUUGUGAAUCAGCUGCGUCGACGGAUUCGGUGUUGUGUGGCGCGGAAAAUCGCAGCGAAAGUUAUUGAUGCUGUUGUUGUUAAUGCUUUCGCGUAUCUCGCGCUGGUUCACCCAUUAUCAGUGGCUCGAUUGCAAAAUAUCCGCGCGCGCGUUUCGACUCGAUUGGAAUCCGACCUCACGGGGGUAAAUAGUGUGCGAGUUUUGUCGCGCUCUAAAAAUAAAUUGAAAACCGCAACUGUCGAGCAGAAGAAACCUAUUGAAACUGAAACGAACAGGACAAGCGCGAAUCCGUGCAUGCCGGUUUCGGUUGCGGUUCGAAGAAUUUGUGUAUAGACACUGUCGAGUCGGUAUAACGGCAUGUUAGUAAGUAUUUGGUGAAAUGCUCCGUAUGUUUUGGUACAGAGUAGUGAAAUAACAAUAACAAUUUUCAGUUUCGGUGGAUAAAGCAGCAUCCAUGAAAGCGACAUAAUUGAAUGACGAAAAUUGGAUUACGGUACUGAUGGAGAAGGAUCAUCAAAUCGGUGGGAUCUAAAGUCUUUUUUUUCCGGGCGGUCUUUGUGAAUGGUGAAGUCUUCUUGGUUGAUAGCCUGCCUGACAGUGAGCCGCUUAUCAAACAUGGCUAAAUCUUCAUUACAGUGUGAUUAGGCUCUCGUUCGAACGUUGGAUGCUGUUUUAAAGUGAAGUGAGAUUGUGGAUAUAAUAAAACCAUCUUUAAGUUUCCGGUUCAACUUUCGGGAGAAUGUGUAAUUGAAGUGGAAUUCGGUAACAUAUGUGGUAAUCGUUGUCAACAGUUGGUGCUCAGUAGUGGAAGUACGAGUACGUAUCAAGUGCAAAAUGUUUUCAAAUUUAUGAGUUUAAUGAAAAAGGGAAAUCUCUCCUCUUGACAGAGGGGGUUCUUUUGUGUUGAUGCUUCUCGUACUUGAGCAAAAUGGUGUUUCAAAUGUAAUUAGAGGAGCUUUCUGCAUUCGGUGUGAGAUACCAUCAUCAAACUAAUUUGUGUAUCUUAACACAGCGAGGAUAAUAAAGCUGGUGGUAACGGCGGUGAUGAUAAUGAAGCUGAUAUUGAUGUUGAUGAUGACGCUGAAAAGUGUUAUGGGAGGAAAGGAUUACAUUCUUAGAAAGCACUGACGGUGUUGAUAGAUGAUUCGUUAAUGCCCGUACCAGCUGGUGUUUUGAGAAACGAAAAUUUCGCUGUCAAACUUCAACCGUCGAUUUUUUUCCCGUAGGUGUUUAUUCUAGCGGAAAUGUCGCCGUCGAGAGAUGGUUUUAUGAAUUCAUUCCCAUAACGAGCAGCGUGCAAUAAUGAUAGAGCCAUAUUGUUUUUUACGAGCGAAACGGUCGGCAAAGUUGUGCCGCGAAAAUUCGGUCGGUGCCAACAAAAAAAGAAGAUAACUUUUUUUUCAUUUAAUAGUAAUAAAGUGAGCGGCACAGUAUUUUAAGCGGGGUGUAAAAAGUGAAAUAAUUAAUCAUUAUAAAAUUCAACCACAGAAACGCGUGAAAGUCUCGGGUGAAUCUGAGAUAAUUUCCCGUCAGCGUCAGGAUCAACAUUACUGACAAAGUGCUAUGGUUAUACCGAAGCUUCCCACCGACACGUGAAAUUAAUUAGGUUGACAACGGCUUUCCACUCGCGCCCGGUAUAAUUAAAUGGCAGGAGUAAACAUAUUUGCAACGGUACAAUGCAACAAUAGUUGAAAAAGUAGCCAAAUUAUUGGAGUUAUCGCAACGUCAAGAAGAGGGAAAAGUGAGGCCAUUGUUGAUGUGCGGCAUUUGUCGAAACAGUGCUGUGGAAUCGAAAAUCACCGUAAUGGAAUUAAUACAAAUCAAAUCGAUUCAACAUCAUUUGUUUUAUUGGAUCCUGAUAUUCCUGCUGCUUACGUCGUCACCACUGGUGCUGAGAGCGGAUCCGGAAACACCAAUUUUCAGGGUGGAUCCACUAGCACUGUUAUCAGGCACACUACGAACAUAUCAACGAGCCGGGUGUGAUCGUGAGCUGGUCACAUUGAGCUGUCCCCGAGGUACUAGCAUAUCGAUAGAGGUAGCACAGUACGGACAAAGUGGAGAUGCAAAUGAGCAGAAUUUAUGCCCGCCAAGCACGGAUGAUAGCAUCGAGAUCAGUCUUCCCGGUACGGAGAUAGAGAUAAAAGCUCCCGAAAGCUGUACCUGGCCCAACGCCUUACAGUAUUCUCUGUUGCAGACGGUUGUGGAAGCUUGCCAAAAGAAAAGGCACUGCAAAUUUCUUGCCUCGCCAAAAACUUUCGGUGGCGAUCCCUGCCCGGGCCACAGGAAGUUCGUGGAAGUAGCUUAUAAGUGUAGACCAUAUGAGUUCAGAAGCAAAAUAGCCUGUGAAAACGAUGUAAUACAAUUAAUUUGCAACCCUUAUUCGAGGAUAGCCAUCUACAGUGCUAGCUACGGGCGCACCGAGUACGAAAGCUUACAAUGCUCACAGCCUCAAGGAGUGAAAGAAGAGACAUGUCUUGCAUCUUAUGCCACCGAGACUGUUAUGCAAAAAUGCCACGGCAGGAGAAAAUGCACGCUGUCAGCAGACAGCACAACUUUCGGCAAACCGUGUCGUCCUGACUCGAGGAUGUAUUUAAAAGUUGUUUACACAUGUGUACCCCGGAAAGUGCUCAAGGAUCGUUUUGAAGCUGCACCGGAACCAGAUGAACCGCUACAGAGUGACUUGGAGCAAGAUCACGACGACCUGUACGAUGAGGACCAAUUUUUCCGUGAAUCGGACGCUAUUCCACCCGGUCCGGCACCGAAGCUACAAGGUGGACCAUCCAAUAAUCGAGUGCUAGAUAUUCCAGGCUAUGUGGCCACAAGUAGUACUCCACCGGUGCCACCGCGCUCGAUACAAGAUUUGGUGGAGGACGAUGAGUUCUCUUUCGAGGAGCACCAAGAAAAAUUCUACAUCUACCUUAUAGUUGCGGUAGCAGCCGCAAUCCUUCUCUGCUUGUCAAUAGUAAUCGGUCGCAUGGCGCUGCGGAAGCGCAGAACAGUGAAGGAGAACGAUAAAUUCCAGACAUCAAACACAGGUGAAACGACGCUCCCAAAUGGCUUUACUGACGAUAUAUCGGAAAUAGAUGCGGAUAUCGAUUUGCAAACUCCGCUGCCCGUCCCGAGCGUUUCCCGGAGUGAUAGCUACGGGGCAUAUACACCCUCGCCAGGACCGUACGGAAAUCUGGGACCAUCUAAUAUAUCACAUACCUCAACCACAAUGCUGGUGCCGCCAUGCUCGAUGAGCACGGUGAUGAACACGGCACCGCCAGCCAGCUACCUGAGUGGGCCAAUCAACAUCAUUCCUUCCCAACUUGGCCAGAGUAUAGGAGGUAUCCGUACACCAAUGGCAGCGAUGAGCACCCUUCCCCGACAUCAUCAACAGCCACCGCCAGUGUUUCUGGGAGGUGCCGGUUCGGUGAUAGGCCACUCUCAGACCCUGAGGCGUCCAUCCAAUGAUUUAGAUGGAAACACACCGCGCAGCAUCAGCCGAGGGGCAGCGAAUACACAGUUCUACUACGGAUGACAUCCGGCUAUCGGUCAGUCGUCCGCCCAGUACAAGCAAGCGCACCCUGGCCCACCACAGCCGCAGUCUAUACUGAAGAAUAAAGAGCCAACCAUAAGUGAAGCCGAAGACACCAUCGUGAUGUGUCCACCCAAUCGAACAUACUGUUUCUAGAAUUGCAACAUCAUCCUGCUGCGAAAACAAACCACACUGCUAAACUACCAAAGUGAUAAAGAUCUUGUGUAUUUGUAGUAUGUUUCGAACGGAGCACGAGAGUAGUUAGUUUGUCAUCAGGGUACGUGGACAGGUGACGACAUGACAAAUGAAUCAAGAUUCCAAGGAGCUGGCAGGACUCUAAAAUUGAAUCUGAAAAUUUGAAACUUAUAUCCCGAAAGAACAAUUCAAUUUAUUUAAACGAGCGUUUCUCAAAUUGUUGUAGUCAAUACUUUUAUGAGAAUCACAUAGACAGUCCUGAAGAAAUCGGGAUUAAGCUGGGAAUAAAGAGGAAAUAUGUUAAUAGUGAAAUUAAACACGUUGUGAAAUCUCGACAUUGAUGAUAAAGUAAGUCCAGUGCAAUAAUGCGAUAGGUAUUAAAGGAACGUAGGUUCUUUGGGCAAGUUGGUGGCACACCACAGUAAGUUAUUUUUAUAGACCGAGGCGAACGGUAUUAAUCCGCUACGCACACACGUAAUAAAAUCGUGUUUUAUUGUCGUUUUACUACUGUUAUAGUUUAAUAUUGGAAAUCAGGGUACUACGUGACAGUAACUGAUGAAAUGGAGUUUUUUCACAAACUUCCAUUGGUUGUACUCUGAAGACAUGUGAGCAUUGUUUAUUGACUGGGAAUAAAUUGACACUUAGUGAAUUCGUAUGGAUUUGAAUAUACUAGACAUAAGAAUGAAGCAAUCUUUAGUGUACAGACCAAGUCGACAGAUUUUUUUUGUGUGUAAAAAGUCAAUCGAAAUCGGUAGAUUUAGAAGAAAAAAAGUUAGGAAAACAUGCGUUGAAAUUAAUAAGCGUAUGUUUCGCGACAGAGUAUAAGUUAAUUGUACAGAUGAGCAAUUUAUUUAUUUAUUUUUUUGUUUUAGUGAUCGUACAGGUCGUUUAUAUCUAGCACGAUAUGAAUAACGUAUUUUAAUAAAAUGGUUUAUUAGAA